UUUAGGGAUAGAGGAAGUACUAAAUAAUUAAAAAAAAAAAAAGGGUUUAUAUCUCUUGGAUUUUCCGAAUAAAAACCAUAAAUUGGUCUACAACAUUAACGGGUUUUCCUCCCUAAGUCGUUGAACUCUCUCAGUCAGUCGCUUUCAAGUCUCAUCAACUGCACAAACUCAACAAUGGCUUCUUCAUUUUCUCCUUUUGAUCAUAAAACCAAGCAGCGUAUUAUAUCUGCUGCUUUUGCAGGGGACCUUCAAUAUCUCAUGAAGGUUGUAAAUGAAUUUGAUAAUGGCGGUGGAAUUGGAAAAGCUUUGGAGAAUGUUAGGGAUAAUACUUUUGGUAGGAAUGCCCUUCUUACUGCUGCGGCAAGGAGCAAUCUUGAUGUGUGCAAGUUUCUUGUUGAACAACUUAACUUCAAUGUUAAUGAACAAGAUGUUAAUGGAGAUACCCCAUUACAUAUUUCUACUUUGGAGGAGGAUUAUGCCACAUCUGCCUAUCUCCUUGAUCAUGGAGCAAACUGUAAUAUCACCAUGGACAAAGGAUUUACCCCAUUACAUUAUGCUGCAAAAAGAGGACGAACAAAUCUGUUGUGUUUGCUGAUCUCAAAAGGUGCACAAGUGGAUGUACAGUCUCGUGUAGGAACACCACUGCAUGCUGCUGCAGCUCAUGGCAUGAGUGACGCUGUUGAGUUUUUGCUUGAAAAUAAGGCUAAUCCUAAUUUAGCUUGUCUUAAUGUAUUACCCUCACUAAUGUCUGCCAUUUAUGCAAAGUCCAAACUUUGUGCAAGGUUAUUGAUUGAGUGGGGAGCUGAUCCGAAUGUCGUUUCACAAGGUAUGACUCCUUUAAUUUUGGCUGCCUCUGAAGGACAAACUGAAAUAAUCAAAUGCUUGCUUCGUCUUGGGGCUAACCCUGAUCUUCCCAACUUUUAUGAUAGUACUCCAAUACUAAUUGCUGCAAAACUCGGCAAUCAUGCUGAUGUAAUAGCUCUCUUACUGAAAACUACACCAAUACCAACUAUCCCUGAUUGGAGUGUGCGUGGAAUUAUGGAGUACAUCAAUUCUGAUGAAGCACACAAAAAGCAAGCACUCAUAAAUGAAAAGAAGUUUUAUGAAGCCAAAGCGAAGGGAGCGGAAUCUGUCAAAAGGGGACAGUAUCUGGAAGCAGCAGGCUGGUAUAGCGAGGCAAUAAUUUUGAGGCCAACAAAUGCAGCAAUGUUAUCCAAACAGAAGUCUUUGCUGGGCUAAAUUGGAGGAAGGUAAUCAUGCACUCCGUGAUGCCUUGGCCUGCAUCGAGCUGAGGAAUGAUUGGCCAAAGGCACAUUACCGAGCUGGGGUGGCCUUCGGUCUUUUACGGGAUUAUGAAAGUGCAAAAGAGGAAUAUAAGAUUGCUCUCCAACUGGAUCCCGAAAACAAGGAGCUCCAAGAUGCAUAUAGGGAGGCUUUAUUAGAUAUCCAAGCAGUAGAAAUGUACAGGAAGAACCACGGGUUACCAUCUCGAUAUGACCAGGAUCCACACGAGGAACUUUAUGGAGAAUACAUUUCAUCCCUUUAUUAGAUUUAGUAGAAGAAAAUUUUCCACUUAAAGGUAAUAAUCUUUAGUGUUCAGUUUGUCGUAGUAGUCGACUAGUAGUGUAGUCAGCUAGCUAACCAAGAUAACACUCGUUGAGUAAUCCGUAGUUCAGAGUCAAUAUAAUGUUUAUAGGUAGCUGUACUACUGCAGUGUGCUUGCUGCGCUUAUUUGAUCCAAGUUUGUAGCACCUUCUUUUCUCUAUCUUGCAAUAAUAAUGUUUCU